AUGCUAUUUUGCAGCCGUCCUCUUGUGGGGCCCAGCAUUGAGCAUAGUGACUUCCAACGUGUUUAUGAAGUGGGUGAGGAAGUCUUCCUCCGCUGUAGAGACGGGUAUACAGCGAUAUCAGGGCAACGCAAAAUAGUGUGCAGCGCCAGUGGGAGGUGGAGUUCAUUGACAUUCACGUGCGAGCCAAAACGGUGCUCCAACCCUGGUCUUUUGCUAAAUGGCAAGAUUCACAUUGAUGACAACUUGUUCCAGAGCAUCAUCAACUACACUUGCAAUGAAGGAUACAUCCUCCAUGGAGCCAUCACCAGUGAAUGCUUACAUGAUGGUACCUGGAGCAAUCCACUGCCAGUGUGUGAACCGGUAGUUUGUGGCCUGCCUAAAAACCCCAAAUAUGCUAGGCUAAGCUAUUCCAGGGUGGUGGGCGAUACGACUUUGUUUGGAGACAGUGUGACGUAUGAAUGCCUCCCGCCAUUUGUCCUUUUCGGCAAUGAGGUCGGGUUCUGCAGGCCCGAUGGGAGCUGGACCGAGCCUCCAGAAUGUCGGCUCGUGACAUGUCCACCCCCGACAGCAAUACCAAACGGAUUCCUUGUAUUUGCUGUAAUUCGGGAACAUGGCUACACAGAGGAAGUCAGAUAUGGAUGCUCCCCAAACUAUGUUCUGGAUGGUCCCAAGGAGGUUGAGUGUCAAAAAACAGGAAAUUGGUCAAUCAAGCCCGUGUGUCGAGCUCCCUGUACCGUUGGAAUUCAGAGAGGACGGAUCUUGUACAACAACCGAAAAAUAUGGAUUGAGGACUUCAAGCCCAAUAGAGUCCUGCACUCUGAGCGUGUGGCAGUCUAUUGCAAAAACAAGGAAAAGGACUGUGGAUAUCCUGUGGUCACCCAGUGCAUCGAUGGAGAACUGACGAUCCCCGCAUGCUACGACGGUUAG